AUGCAAAGGAACUAUGUGACCCUAGAAGCUUGUGCCAACCGAGUGUUGGGGAUAACCCAGGCACCAGAGGCUAGUGCAAGUGGGCGAGCGGGGCCAUCGGGGUGUGGUACGGUGGUAGUAGCAUCCGCCGAUGUGGGCAUUCCAAUAGGGGUUCACUACCGAAGAAAAAAUAUGAUAAGUCUGUAUGAUCUAGAGUCGCUGAAGGUAGAUUACGCUAUACCUGAGUGUGUGGGGCUGAGGUUGCCACUACCUACUGAAGCGGCAAGAUACCCUUCCGAGGGUUGCGUUAUGGUGUUCUCAGCCAUGUACAAACAUGGAUUGAGGUUACCAUUGCAUCCUUGGGUGCAAAUGAUGCUUUCCAGAUUGGGCUAUGCCCCUGGGCAGUAUAAUCCCAACUUCUGGUGUAUACUGCACGGGGUGUACAUAGCAUGGUGGUUGGCGAAGCGACGGGAGCCCUCUUUUGAGCAGUUCAUGCAUCUGUACUCCGUGUCCAGGCAACAGGGCAACUUUGGCUGGGUGCAGGUCAACUGUCGAAAGGCGAAGGAGAGAGGAUACUUUAUAGGGCAACCACCAUCGUCGCAGAAGACGUGGCGAAAUCGGUGGUUCUUUGCCUUCGGUGAUUGGGAGUGCUGGCCUGGGAAGACUGCCAGUGUCCAGGGAGUAAGAGGAAGAGAUAGAGCUGGUGAGGAGACACCAGCUCUUCUUCUACAGUCGGGGUUGCUUCAAGGAAGUAAGUAUUGGCCUUCUCCCUCCUUUUUGUAUGUUUGUCUUUGUAUAUGUGCUCACCUUUGCUUCAGUUUUGUGGUUGCAAUGGCUGAGGUGCCGAAGAAGGUGGUGACCGUGGCUGAGGAUUCACUAAAGGUAGUGAUGGAUAUGAAGGAGAGGCAACGAAAGUUGCGAGAGAGAAGAGAGAAAGAUAGGGCCAAUAGGGCCAAGAAGCAGGCAAAGGGUGCACCCAGCACAGCGAAGGGGACAGUAGCUCGGGCUGUUGAAAAGCGGCCUCGGCAGGAGGAUGAUAAGCUGUUGGCGGAGCUGGAGAAGAAACGGAGGGGGCUUGAGUCUUCGAUCCAUGACGUCAUGGGUGGAACAGUGCUGCCGCCAUUCGACCUAGAUCCCCCACCUAGGCUGUCGCUCGAGAUGGAGGAGCUGUUCCCUGCAGGUACCGAGGAUAUAGACUUUGCCUCGGUUCGACGGGAGGCGAAGGAGGUAACCCUGGCCAUGCAUCACCAGGAAGUGCCUCUUGUCAAUGCCUUCCUGACUGGGGUAAAGAUUGAUGGGAGGGAGCUCGCUCGGACCAAGGCCACGGACUUCUCCGAUCGGGUCCAGAAGACGGUGCUCUUUACCGCCAAUGCUUUUGGGGAUAUGUACCUCACCCUAGUUAGGGCGGAGAAAGAGGUAGACUUGGCUAGACGCCACUCUGAGACAGCUAAAGCCGCUACCGCCAAGGCUCAGGUUGCCAUCCGGGAGAGGAAUGCGCUUCAGCUGAAGGUGGGGAGGCUGGAGCGGGAGCUAAAGGAGACAGCCCGGCGGCUAGAGGCGGUGGAGGAGGCUAGGCUCGAGUCUGAGAGGAGGAGGACCGAGGAGUUGAGCAUCGCUCGUGCCAAGGCUGUGGAGGAGUAUCAGGGUUCUGACAGGUUCAAGAGCCUUGUGCUGGACGUGAUGGUCGAGGAGCAGUAUAGGUGGGAGAAACUAGUUGAGAGGUUUAGUCCAGAGUUGGAUAUAAACUUUGACACCAGUGGUGUUCCCCCUCCCAUUCCUUCCGGUAGGGAGUCACUGUUUGCAGCUACUCUGUCUGCCGAGGCCACGAGUCCUUCUAAGGCCGAGACGAGGGGAGGUGCCGAUGCUAGCGGAGGGGAGUCGACUGUGGAUCCUGACACAACUGCUGAGGAGGAGGUGGACGACCAUGCUGAUGCCUGA